GAUCGUGAGACGACCCCUCUUGCAAUGGAUGACUGUUCACAUGGUGCUCGUAGUGUCUGCUGAGAGGAGUCUUGUCUCCUUGGAGGAAGAUGCCCGCCGAAUUGUGCAAGCCGUCGGUGAGGAUGAAAUGGCAAAGGUUUGGCCGAAGGAGCGGCCAGCUCCGGCUUGCCUGCAGAAAUGCGGCAAAGGCUGCUUCUGCAUGGCGGCGAAGCACUUCGACGACAUUUUCUACUGCGACUGCACGGGCCGCAAUGCGGAGAAAGAGAAGGUUUAUCGGCAGGAGUUCACCUACGCAGAUCUGAACAAGCAUCCCGACAAGAAGGGCAAAGUGGAUUCUGCGUGGCAGCAUGACAAGUGA